GUUGCGGGGACGGUCGGCGGCGGAUGCUAGAGCUGGCGCAGCUGCCUUGGUGGCAGUGGCUGAAGUGGCGGCGGCGGCGGCAGCGGCUGCAACAGCUCCGGGCUUGGGGCUUUGACGGAGGCGCCCGCAGUCUGGGCUGCACGGUGCUGAGCCCGGCGCGCGGUCCGGGUUGCUGGGGCGGCGCGUAUGCCUCAAAUGGAGGAGUUUCUGAGAAGCACCUCUGGGCCAGUGGCUUUGAAAGGGAGCUCAAAGCAGAGACUAUUUAUAGCCCUGGACAUCGCAUCCUGAGGGCUGCAGGAGAGGAGAACAUGGCCAUGAGUUUAGAUGACGACGUUCCCCUCAUCCUGACCUUGGACGAGGGUGGGAGUGCCCCACUGGCUCCCUCCAACGGCCUGGGCCAAGAGGAACUGCCUAGCAGAAAUGGAGGCAGCUACGCCGUCCACGAUUCCCAGGCCCCCAGUCUGAGCUCAGAGGGUGACAGUUUCCCCUCGAGCCCCACCACACACAACUGGGAGAUGAAUUAUCAAGAGGCAGCGAUCUACCUCCAGGAAGGCGAGAAUAACGACAAGUUCUUCACCCACCCCAAGAGCGCCCGAGCGCUGGCGGCCUACCUCUUCGCGCACAACCACCUCUUCUACCUGAUGGAGCUGUCCACCGCCCUGCUUCUGCUGCUGCUGUCCCUGUGCGAGGCCCCCGCCGUCCCCGCGCUCCGCCUCGGCAUCUACGUCCACGCGACCCUGGAGCUGUUCGCCCUGAUGGUGGUCGUCUUUGAGCUCUGCAUGAAGUUGCGGUGGCUGGGCCUCCACACCUUCAUCCGGCACAAACGGACCAUGGUCAAGACCUCCGUGCUGGCGGUGCAGUUCAUCGAGGCCAUCGUGGUGUUGGUACGGCAGACAUCGCACAUGCGGGUGACCCGGGCACUGCGCUGCAUUUUCCUGGUGGACUGUCGGUACUGCGGUGGCGUCCGGCGCAACCUCCGGCAGAUCUUCCAGUCCUUGCCACCCUUCAUGGACAUCCUCCUGUUGCUGCUCUUCUUCAUGAUCAUUUUCGCCAUCCUCGGUUUCUACUUGUUCUCCCCCAACCCGUCGGACCCCUACUUCAGCACCCUGGAGAGCAGCAUCGUUAGCCUGUUCGUCCUUCUGACCACCGCCAACUUCCCAGACGUGAUGAUGCCCUCAUACUCCCGGAACCCCUGGUCCUGCGUCUUCUUCAUCGUGUACCUCUCCAUCGAGCUGUACUUCAUCAUGAACCUGCUUCUGGCCGUGGUGUUCGACACCUUCAACGACAUCGAGAAACGCAAGUUCAAGUCUUUGCUGUUGCACAAGCGAACCGCCAUCCAGCAUGCCUACCGCCUGCUCAUCAGCCAGCGGAGGCCUGCCGGCAUCUCCUACAGGCAGUUCGAAGGCCUGAUGCGCUUCUACAAGCCCCGGAUGAGUGCCGGGGAGCGCUACCUUACUUUCAAGGCCCUGAAUCAGAGCAACACACCUCUGCUCAGCCUGAAGGACUUUUAUGACAUCUACGAAGUCGCCGCCUUGAAAUGGAAGGCAAAGAGAAAUAAGGAGCAUUGGUUCGAUGAGCUUCCCAGGACAGCGUUCCUCAUCUUCAAAGGAAUUAAUAUCCUCGUGAAGUCCAAAGCCUUCCAGUAUUUCAUGUACUUGGUGGUGGCAGUCAACGGGCUCUGGGUCCUCGUGGAGACUUUCAUGCUGAAAGGUGGGAACUUCUUCUCCAAGCACGUGCCCUGGAGUUAUCUCGUCUUUCUGACUAUCUACGGGGUGGAGCUGUUCCUGAAGGUCGCCGGCCUGGGCCCCGUUGAAUACCUGUCCUCCGGAUGGAAUCUUCUCCUUCCCUUUCUCAGGUUAUUCAAAUUGAAAAAGCGUUACCGCAACGUGCUGGACACCAUGUUCGAGCUGCUGCCCCGGAUGGCCAGCCUGGGCCUCACCCUGCUCAUCUUCUACUACUCCUUCGCCAUCGUGGGCAUGGAAUUCUUCUGUGGAAUCCUCUACCCCAACUGCUGCAAUUCAAGUACAGUGGCAGACGCGUACCGCUGGCUCAAUCACACUGUGGGCAACAGGACCAUCGUGGAGGACGGCUACUAUUAUCUCAAUAAUUUUGACAACAUCCUGAACAGCUUUGUGACCUUGUUCGAGCUCACAGUUGUCAACAACUGGUACAUCAUCAUGGAAGGUGUCACCUCCCAGACGUCCCAUUGGAGCCGCCUCUACUUCAUGACCUUUUACAUCGUGACCAUGGUGGUGAUGACGAUCAUCGUCGCCUUCAUCCUGGAGGCCUUUGUCUUCCGAAUGAACUACAACCGCAAGAACCAGGACUCGGAAGUUGAUGGUGGCAUCACUGUCGAGAAGGAGGUGUCCAAGGACGAGCUGCUCGCUGUCCUGAAGCUGUACCGGGAGGCGCGGGGGGCCGGCUCGGACACCCCCCGGCUGCUGAAGAUCCUCUCCCAGAUGGAGAAAAACGAGCAAAACGCCGUGGUGUUUCUGGGACGGAGAUCAAGGACCAAAAGCGACCUGAGCCUGAAGAUGUACCAGGAGGAGAUCCAGGAGUGGUACGAAGAACACGCCCGGAAGGAGGAGGAGCAGCAGCAGCAGCUCAGCGACAGCAGUGUCCCCGCCACCCAGCAGCUCCCAGGCAGCCGCCAGCGCUCCCAGACCAUCACCUAGCCCCAGCGCACGAAAGCCAUCUCUUCUAUGCAAUAACACAAUAGUAUUAUUUUACUACGAUGUAUCGAAAGAAUGUGUAUGUGUGUGUGUGUAUAUAUAUAUAUAUGUAUCUAUAUAUAUAUACACAUAGUCAUAUAUAUGCACAUAUUUAUAGAAAAAAGAAAAGACAGGCAGACAAGAUGGGGUUUGGUUUGUAACCGCCUCGCCCCGUGUUCCUUAACCCCAGGGUCAGCUGGGUUUGGUGGGGAGUCAGGCCCCCAGGAGCCCAUCCCAACACAGAAGACUCCAGAAGGCCUCUUCACAAGAAGACUGCUUACAAUAGAUUCCGCCGAUCUCCGCAGGGAGCGGGCCAGCCCUCCGUGGGCCAGGCCCACGGCCACGGCCACGGCCACCCCGACUUCCUGGCCUCGCUUUCAGACUCCCCGCCAACAGCUUCCCCACGAAUUUUCCCUGCGGCCACAUCCCGGGUGUCUGUGUCUUGCUUUAGGGACAAAACCACUUAGGAAAGAAAGAACCCAUGUCCUCGGGGUUCGUAUUUCUAUAUAUAUGGUAAUGUACCAGAAUGUUCCUUUGGGGUCCAGUGCCAAGGACCUCACGGAAAGAGUAAUUGAGGGCGGUGAUUAGACCAUGUGGUCAGAUCUCGACCGGCACUGGGCAGCGAGAGGCUGGCCGAUGGCUACCACCCCAAACCCAGUCCCGAAACGGGCUUUAUCCACUCAUCCCUUUAACUUGAGAUUGUCCUGUUUAAACAGAAACGCAUUUUGGUUAAUUCGGGAUUCUGCUAUGGACCAUCCAGAUCCUUCCAUGUGCAUUAGGUUCCGCUGCUGGGAACAGGAGCCAAAAGCACAGACACCCUCUCCCCGCUCCGCGAGCCGUCCACAGCAGCCCCACGGCCGAACCUGUAGGUCCCCUUGGGCAAUGGACUUGGCUGAGAUGGGGUGGGGCCUCAGCUCACCCCAGGGUCUCACUGGCAGGAGAGGUUGGGGCGGAAGCAGGUCCAGGUGAACGUUCAGUUCCCCCAAGUGCCCCUGUUUCCCCAGGGGAGUUCUCUCAGAUCAGUGUGGUCAGUCAGGGUCGGCAGCCCCGGUGAGUGGCGGUGGCAGAAGCCGGGUCGGAGUAGAGGGAUCUUGGGUUCGGUUCUCUGGGCUGCAAACCUCUCAUGGUGCAGGAGGCAGAGGCGACGGGCUGCAGGGGUGGGGGAAAGGGGGGGCGGGGCAACAGCCCCACACUGAGCGGCCUGGUCCAACCCAGUUCUCCAGCGGCCUCCACUUCCCCUCGCGACUUAGGAAGGCGGGUGGGCAGAGAGGUUCCCCUCGCCAUGUUCUCCUCCCUGCAGGGCAGAGCCUGGUCCCAGGGGUGCAGCACCAGCUGCCCCACGCCCUCUCCCCAGCCAUCCCCAAGGCCCCGUGGCUGACACCGCAGCCCUGCCCCUCACCAGGGGAGGAGUGGUGGACGUUUUUAUUUUUAAAGCACAGGCCUUUGCAGACAAAGGAAUCCUUGGGGACCCCUGAGAUUCCCACGGGGGUGAGGAGGCUGAUGCUGUCCUGUUCGCCUCUGGAGGGCCAUCAGCCUCCGAAGGCAGCUCGGCACUGAGCCCUAGGCCAGAACCCCUUUCCCUCUCCAGAGAAGGGACUUGCACAACUGGGUGCCUUUUAACUUUCGUGUACUGAACCGGGCAUUUUGGAAGCAGGGAUCAAGGGGUAGCUUUUAAGGGGGGAUGGGAAUGCUCUGACCUGAGCACGUGGGCCUCAUUCCAGUCCCUUUCUCUGCCCCCAGAGGGCUGCAGACCUGGGAGGGGCACCAGGGGAGCUGAGGGCCCCCCGGGGGCAGGGCUGGUCCUCCCAGUCCUGUCCUGGGAAAGGCCCUGGUUUUAGCUAGGACCAGAUAGUGCUGACUCCAGCGAUGGGUCAGCGGCCUUGUCAUGGAGGCUAAGGGCAGCUGUUCCUGCAGGGUCAUCUGUGGCCUCAUCAAGUUGACCCUCAAACUUGCACAUAGGCUUAUGGAGCAGGGAGCAGGUGUCACCCAGGGCUGCGAGCUCUGAGGGACCCAAGACGUCAUCCGGCUCAGAUGCCCUCUCACCUCCCAUGUCAUGGCCCAGUGAAACCGAGCUGAGACUUGCCACCUUGCCCUGGGUCAAGCAAUCUGUCAGUGGCCACUGACGUGAUGGCACUGUGCUCUUGCCCUGCUUUUUAUGGGGGUGGGGGUUGGGGGUGUGUGUGUGCGCCAUCUGGCCCCUCCCCCUCGCUUCCCUCCCCCCCACCCAGCCUUACUCCAUGCGACAAUCAUUUUUUACGGAUAACGGGAGCAACGCUGUAAGGUUUUGUACGUUGAUUUGUUACCUAGAAAACCCACUGUGUCUCCAGACUUCUGGCAUAUUAAUAAAAGAGCCUCUGCUUUGUAAA